AGCUUGAUUUUAUCAAAAGUAAAGUACCAGUCGAGUAAGACGGUUGCAGUUCUUGAGAUAAGCUGAUUAUUAUUCAAGUGUCAGUUAGCUAAUCAAUUAGGCGAGUUGAGUCGCACAAUUUGAAGAUGCCAUUUACAAGAAUUUGGGAUGAGUCUUGUCCUCGCGUUUGGGAUAAAUGGGAGGCUAAUGGCCUAGAGUGGGUUGUUCAGGAUUUGGACCCGAAAGAUGAUGAAGAGGCACUUAAGAUUUUAGUAGAACAUCUUUGUAGUGAUGAACUUCUUUGCUCUUUAAGUAAACUUACUGAAGACAAUGAAAGUGUAGAAGGAAUUAGAAAAUUUUGGAUCCCUUGCAUCGCACAGAGGAUGUGUUUAGGGUGUUACACCUGGGUGGAUGGCAAAAAGACUUUGGUAGCUCUAAACCUGUGUAUCGUUAUGUCUGCUGGUGAUACUUUUCCCAAUGUUGAGAUCACAGGUGAGAAGUGGAAAAACGUAUAUAAAGGGAUGGAGUAUGUUGAAACCAAACGAGAUCCACACAAGUAUUUGGAAUUGAGUACUCUUUUACAUGCGUUUGGGCUUGUUGUGAAGAGGGAGUACAGAGGCCGUAAACUUGGUGCCAAACUGUUGGCUGCUAGGGAGCCGCUGUGUAAGUUACUUGGAGUAAAAGGUACUACUACGGUAUUUUCGGGCCCAGCUUCACCAAUCUUGGCCGCUAGAUGUGGAUUCGUCUGCAUUUACAAAGCGUCUUUGAAAGAACUAGCUGACUCAGGACUGGACUAUCCUCCUGAACCUAAUACGUAUAUAAAACUCAUGGUUAAGCGAUAUGAUUAAGCAAAGAUAUUGGUUCAAAACGAGCAGUGUUGGCCUAGUAGCUUCAGCAUGCGGCUCUCAGCUGCACCAAUGCACUUUCUGUCUAUGUGCACAUUAAACACUCGCUCGUACGGUCUAGGAAAACAACAGACUCAAAAAGCCUAUUUAAAAAAAAUAAUGAUCACGAAAUAGAUACAUAUGAAAUUUGAAGUCCUGAUCUAGAGGGUUGGUGGUCACAAGGGGUCACUGGUUUUUUUUAUUGGUACACAUCCAAAGUUUAAAAAAAGGAAUAAUGAGCGUUUAACGUCAAUGAAGUAAGGUCAAUUGAUUGAAAUUGAAUUUGACGGUUAUACCAUCAAGAUCUUAACACGUAAUUGAGGAAAUUUGGUUGACUAUUCUGAGAAAUUCAUACGAAUGUCGAGUCAUACUGGAAAAUUUUGUUUCUAACAUCGUUCAGAUACUAACUACCCUCACACAACAUAGCAAUAAAAAAUUUAGUUUUUGCUUUUAUAAAAUAUUUAUAGUAUAUUUGAACUACUCGAUGGAAGGUUGCCAUCUCCAUUAUUUUUACCAUUUAUUGUUAUUGUUUUGUGCCCAUUUCACUUAAAUCAAAAUUUACUUAAUCCCAUAAUGUACCCGUUUUUACGUCAAUAAUAAAAAUAAUUUUACUUAAAAUUAUAUAAAGUAUUAUUUCUAAAACAGAAUAGUAUAUAUAAAAAUUUUAUUAUAAUGAAUAUAAUGACAUUUAAUGUCGACUUAAGCGAUGUUUUAAUUUACUCUAUUUAGAAAAUACUAAAUUAUUGAAACAAUUAUGUACGUAGGGGAUAUAAAAUAACACUUUACAACAUUUAAUAAAUUAAAAUGGCAAUAAAUCAGUCUUUCCUUUACAAAGGGCCUUACAAAGUUUUGUAUCUGUUCAAGGUCCUGUCUCGAGCUCGUCUUAAUGUGUUUAUUAAUACUAGAAUAGCCGUCGAGUGACACUGUCGUGUAGUGCUUAUGAUAAACUGAUAAUACAAAUUGCAAUUAUCCAAUCUGUGGUGACACGUGAAUAAGGACGUAUAUAUUAUAAUUUAUAAUGCCUUUUAAAAGAAAUUGGGAUGCAUCGUGUCCUCGAGUUUGGGAUAAAUGGGAGGCUAACGGCCAGGAGUGGGUUGUCCAGGACUUGGACCCGAAAGACGACGAAGAGGCACUUGACAUUUUACUGGAACAUCUUUGUACUGAUGAAACUCUUUGCUCCUUAAGCAAGCUUUCGGAAGAUGAAGAAAGUAUCAAGGGUAUGAAGAAGUUCUGGGUACCCUGUAUAGCGCAGAGGAUGAGUCUAGCACUCUACACCUGGGUAGAUGGUAAGAAGACCCUGGUAGCUUUAAACGUGUGCGUCGUCAUGUCUGCUGGUGAUACUUUUCCAGAUGUUGAGUCGCCAGGGUCUUUAGACAUCAAUCUUAAAGAGAUCGAAGGUGAGAAAUGGAAGAACGUGUUUAAAGCGCUUGAGUACGUGGAAAUCAAGCAAGAUCCACACAAAUACUUGGAACUGGAUUCGCUGUUACAUGCAUUUGGGCUUGUUGUAAAGAGAGACUACAGAGGACAAAGGCUUGGUGCCAAAUUGUUGGCUGCUAGAGAGCCACUAUCAAAAGCACAUGGGAUCAAAGGUACUACGACGGUAUUUACGGGUCCAGCAUCACAGAAAUUGGCGGCUAGCUGUGGCUUCGAAAGUAUUUGCGAAGCAUCCUGGAAGGACCUGGUUGAUUCAGGAUUAGACUAUCCUCCUGAUACUAAUAAAUAUAUUAAACUUAUGGUUAAGCGAUUUGACUAAGCAAUAGAAUUUUGGUAGA